AAACAAUAAAUAAUUCUUUUAGCGCCCCAUUACUACAUCAAUGAUCAAACACACAUAGGUUGUUCGAACUUGGAAGUGGGAAGUUGUAAGAAACGAGGAAGAAGAUGAGCUACAUGUUCGAAGGAAGCAAUCUCUCUCUCUACGGGUACGGAUUCUCCGACCCGACCCUUUACCAAUCUCUCUCGGAUCCUCUCUUCCCCUACUCUUCAACAAGAACCAAUACUGAAAGUGCUGCUACGAGUCCCCCUAAGCAUCAUCGGCAUGAUGGAACUUCUCCUCUCCCACUUGGCAUGGAUUGGAGCCCUCCCCCACUCACUUGGAAUGGUCGGAAAACAGUCUGGCCACACGAUCCUCAUACAGGUUGGAGUUACUGUGUCACUAUACCUUCUUGGACUAUUGUACCGAGUUCUAGCGGUCCUAAUCCUGCUGCGUAUUAUAGAGUUCAAGUUGCAGUACAAUCACCAGAUGGCAGCACCACUAUAAGAGGAGUUUUGCGAAGAUUUAAUAAUUUUUUGAAGCUAUUUUCUGAUCUCAAAAAUGAGUUUCCCAAGAAAAAACUACCCCCAGCUCCUGCGAGGAGCCUUCUGAGGAUGAAAAAUAAGGAUUACUUGGAAGAGCGUAGACAUGCUUUGGAGGACUGGAUGGAGAAACUGCUCACUGAUAUAGAUGUGUCCAGAACUGUGCAUGUAGCAUUGUUCCUUGAACUGGAAGCUGCUGCAAGGUCAUCAUUUGAUGCUGCAAAUCAGAUUGAUGUAAAUGAGAAUGUGCCUGCUGAUGGUGCGGUUUCAUCGGAUCACAUUAUAAAUGAAUCUGAUGAUUCUUUACACAAUGAUGACACAUCUCUACAUGAGCACAUAAAGGAACACCAUGCUCAACUUGACGAUUGCAAAAUGAGUAACAAUGUUCAAACAUUAUCAACUAAGAGUGGUGAAAGUGAUCUGUGUUUAGUAAGAAACAAUGGAAUCUCAGAUUCUGGAGUGGCAAAUUCAACUGGUGAUAAUUCACUCAAGUUUCCUGGAGCUUCUAAAGCUUCUAAAUCCAUGGAAGCUGACUCAGACUUGCAGAUUCCAAGCGAGAUCCUAGAUACCCUUCCACCAGAGGAGCAUAAUGCAGUGAACAGGGUCCUUGACACCAUCAAACAGAGACUAGUUGCUGCUAAUGCGGACAGGGAAGUUCUUCUAGCAAAACUAAACCAAGAGGUUUCUGUAAAACAGUAUCUUACGACAAAGGUAAAGGAUCUGGAGGUGGAACUUGAGACCAGCAAGCAGAGUGGAAACGAGGGCAAAUUUACCCAAAUGCAGUUCGAUGCUGAUGAUUUCAAGCGGAAGUUAACGGAGUUGGAGCUAAAGUUGAAGUCAGAACAGGAUGAAAAAAUGCUUCUGGAGUCGACAAAAGUAUCCAUUAUUCAGCAGAAUGAAAUUUUGCAGCAAGAGUUAGAUCUCACCCACGAGAAACUCGAUAUCUUACGUAAACAUCAUGAAGAAUUAGAGUCAAAAUCAAAAAGUGAUCUUACGCUCUUGGUUGAAGAGGUCAAAUCUCUUCGAAGUUGUCAGCUAGAGCUGAAGGAUGAGGUUAGCAGAUUAAUGAAAGAAAAAUUAGAAGGGGAGAGGGAUCUUGAGCAGGAAAAGCAAAGGCACAAAGAUACAAAUACAAAUUAUGUGAAACUGGUGCAUCAAUGUGAAGUUCUUCAGAAUCGCCUGAACGAAUGUAGUGCUACUUUACUUGUUGAGGAAGAAGACAAGUUGACCAUCGAUACUUCAUCACCGGCUAGUGCUGUUGAAAUAUUCACUACAUUUGAUAAACAAAUUGGUUUACUUGUUACAGAGGUGCAACUUCUUUUAAAAGAUGUAGAGGACAAUAAAACCGUUGAUGGUAAUAGCAUUGAUGAUGCUAUGACGAGGACAUCAGACGAUGAAUUGAGGCUGGUGCUUACAAAUAUUUCAAAGGACAAUGUUCGAUUGAGGAAACUGGUUACGGUAUUCAAUGUGUUCUCAGCCUAUUUGACAAAUCUUUUGUCAAAAACAGCAGACCAAGAAGCCCAUCCAAGCUAGGUUUGCAACGACGACCACAUUUUUAAAUAAAGUGAUUUCUUCACAUUAUAAUAAAUUGUGAAUGUUGCUAUCAAAAUAAAUCCUGAUCGUAGAUUGUAAUUACGCACCUAAAGUGUUGCUUAUAUAUUUGUAAGUAUUUAGAUAAAUUAUUUAAGUGGUUUUGUAUGGGAGAUAAAUGACUGUUUGGACCCUGUA